ACAUACAUUUAUUUACGAUUUAUUUGUAGUUUCGUUUUCGGUUAACAACAGUUGUUUCUUUCAGUUGUGAAGUAAUAUAAAAGAAUGGUGUCAUAAAAUCAAUAUAUACAUUUACGGGAAAUGCGAUUGCUUUUGGUACAACGUAUGAUUUUCUGCGCAGGUUUAGCAAAGAAAAACAGGAUGAGCGAAAACACUAAUAUUCAGUCUCAGGGCGAAGGAGCAUGUCAAGCAUCUGGGAAUUCUUCACGUCACGUGACAUACAGGGGAGCAAACUACAGACAUGGACAAGCUUACGGACCCAGAAAAUUUAACGAUUUUUCUUCGAAUCAAAGAGAUGUGUACGAGAAUGAAAACACUAGUUAUCCGUAUCAGAACGAAGGAGCAUAUCAAGCAUAUGGGACAUCAAGUCAAGAAUAUGAUCACAUGCCAUACUGGAGAGCAAAUGACAGAUAUGGGCAUGCUUACAAAACCAGAAAAUAUAACGAGUUUCCUCCAAAUCAAAGAGGUGUACAUGUGAAUACAAAAAAAAGUAAAAACUCUUCGCUACGACAAAAGGCAAUGCAGGAAUUUGAAUUCUUUUGGGGAUCUAACUUUCCUUACAGUCAGUUUUAUGCCUGUGAAUUCACAGUCGAUGAUAUCACAUUUAAUUGUACAGAGCAGUACAUGAUGUACAACAAAGCAAUGUUGUUUGAGGACGAGGGGGUUGCAGAAAUGGUACUUAAAGAAAAUGAUCCUCUUCAACAUAAAAAAUUAGGGCGAAAGGUUAAAAAUUUUGACCAAAAAACAUGGGAUGCAAAUUGUUCAGCAAUCGUUGAGCGAGGGAAUAAGGCAAAGUUCUCUCAGAAUGAAGAACUUAAGGCAACUAUUCUGCAGACUCAUCCUAAAACUAUCGUGGAGACCAGUCCACAUGAUAAGAUAUGGGGUAUUGGACUUCAUAAAAAUGACCCCUUGGCUUGGGACAGGUCAACGUGGAAAGGACUGAAUUUACUUGGACAAGCUUUGACGAAAGUAAGAGACGAGUUGAUGGAGGAAGAGAAUGAAGGAGCUUGUUAUUAACAUAUACUAUUUUUUUUUUAUUUCUACCUGUUUGAAUGUGAUCUUACAUUGAUGAGAUAUGGAUGAUAUAUUUUAGCAUAACGCGUAAUGUCAGUUAUUUAAAGGGACUAAACAUGGUACAUAGUGUAGACCUUUAUUUUAUUUCGUUGGGUUGCUGUCUCAUUGAUAUUUACUUCACAGUUUUAGAUUUUUUGACCAAAUUAAAAAGUCUUAAAGAUUAGGUAUGAGUAGUAUUAGAAUUUGUUGGAUAUUCAGUUUUAAAUAAAGAAAAACACUGUGUAUGUAGAUACAUAUAUCUUUAACCAUUAAUUUAUUUUGUUAUCAAAUAUAUGUAUUCAGAACUUUAAUUGUCAUAAAUGAAUAAUGAAAAUGAU